AUGAAUUAUCAACAAGUUUUAAUAAUUUUUGUUUUAUUGAUUAUUAAUUGUUAUGGAAUCAAAGAUAAAUUUGUUUCAAUUACUCUUGAUGCAAAAUGGUUAGACACACCACAUCAUCAAGAAGCAAGUGAAUUUCUUGCAACACAAAAUCAACAAUAUUUUUGGUCAUUAAUCAAUGAUGUUAGUUCAUUUGAUUCAUUUACACCUGACGCACUUGGUUCGACUCAGAAUUAUUAUGAUCAAUUAUUAACAUUUAGUAGUCAAUAUUUAAAUUCAAUAACAAAUAAUUUAUUACGUAUGGCACUUGCUCUACGAUCUUAUUCACCAACAGUUCAAAUGAUGCGUAAAAUGGCACAUGAUACUGGUAUGACACGUCAAUGUUCAACUUUUGUUGAUAUACAUGGUGUAUAUACAUGUAAUGUUGAAGAUGUUGAUAAAUUAAUUGAAGCAGUCGGCGAACGAUCAAAAUUUUUAUUACCAUUCGAUCAUCAUUAUUCAAAAAAACAAACUGAUGAACAACAAUCACUUGUUACGGUUGUUCUCUACGGUGAUUUUGGCAAUCAGAAUGAAUUUAAACCAUUUCAUAGUAAACUUGUUUCAUUGGCACUUAAUGGAAAAAUUGAUUAUGUCCUCCGACAUAAUAGUAAACCUUUAAAUGGUAAUCGAAAAAAAGUUCGUUUAGCUGGUUAUGGUGUUGAAUUACAAAUUAAAAGUACAGAAUAUAAAGCAACAGAUGAUUCAAAAAUUCGUGAUGAUCAAAUGAAUGCAACAUCCGGUGAUGAUAAACAAGAGGAACAAGUUCAUGGUUUUAUUUUUUCAAAAUUAAAAGAUCUUCAUCCGGAUAAACAAAGUGAAUUAAAUGAUUAUCGUACAUAUCUUCUCGAUGGUUCAGAUCCAAUGUCACCAUUAAAAGCAUGGCAAAUGCAAGAUCUUAGUUUACAAUGUGCAUAUCGUGCAAUCAGUGAAAAUACACUUGAAGAAGCAUUUAAUACAUUAGUUGAAUUAUCACAAAAUUUUCCGUCUCGUGCUCGUCUUCUAUCAAAAGUUAAAGUUGAUUCAUCAUUUCGUGAUGCUCAUCGAGCUAAUCAAGAAGAAUUUCGUUCACAUAUGGAAAUUGAAGCUGGUAAUUCGGCAUUAUUUAUAAAUUCAAUUCCACAAUCAUUAGAUACAAUUGAUUUAUAUGUUUUAUUAAAUGUCUUAUUAAAUGAAGGACAAAUGAUGGAACGUUUACAUAUGAUUGGUUUAAAUAAAACUCAUACAAGACAAUUAUUAACAAAUGAAUUAAAUAUUCAAUCAAUAAAUUAUAUUCUUGAUUUUCGUCAUCCAUCAAUACUUUGGUUAAAUGAUUUAGAAAAAGAUUCACAAUAUUCAAAAUGGUCAGCAAGUUAUUAUGAUUUAUUACGUAAUAAUUUUUUUGGUGGUCUUCGUACAAUCCGUAAAAAUCUUUAUAAUCUUGUUGUUAUUAUUGAUCCAUCACAAAUUGAUACAUCCUAUGAAUUAAUGAAAAAUCUUGAAGCUUAUUUUGUUCAUGAAUUACCAAUACGUAUUGGUGUCAUAUUUGUCACAUCGGAUGAAUAUAGUAUAAAUAUUUAUCGUGCAUUUCGUUAUCUAUUAAAAUAUCAUGGUAAUCCAUCACGUGCAUUAGGAUUCUUAAAUGAAUUAUAUAAAAGUAAAAGUACAGAUGUUCAACAGAUAUUUUCCAAGAAAGCGAAAUAUUCGGGAAGUUUAUCAUCGAUAUUUGAUGAAACAAAUCCAUUUGAAAAAGAACGUGAAGAAAUGAAUGAAUAUUUUGAACAAAGUGGUUUAUCACGUGGUGUACCACAUGUUUUAUUUAAUGGUAAUCCAUUAACAGCUGAUGAAUUAUUACCAAGUGCAUUUGAAGAUGUUGUUACAACACGUAUGUUAAAAAUGCAAUUUGAUUUACAACAACAAGUUUAUCAUGGACAAUUAAAAGAUUCCGAUGAUAUUAUUGAAAUAUUAAAUACAAAACCAAAUGUUGUUAAACGUUUAAAUCAACGAAUAUUUGGACAAACACCAACAAUGCCAACGAUUUAUGUUGAUUUAUCAAUGAUUAAUGGUCAAGCAAAAGAUUUAUUAGAUAAAAAUAAAUUUCAAACAUUAAAUGUUCGUGAACAAGCAUCUGUUAUUAUGGCUAGUAUGAUAUAUUUAGGUAAAAAAGAUGAAUUAGGACAACCGCUCUAUCCAAUUACAUUAUGGGUUGCAUGUGAUCUUGAUCGACCGGAUGGAAGACAAUUAUUUUUAAAUGCUUUAACUUAUUUAAAAAGUCAUACACACGCAAGAUUAGGUUUAUUGGCAUCUUUCGAUACAGAAUCUCAUCCUGGUAGUCAUCCAUUAACAAAAGCUGUUUAUACUGCUAUUCGUUUACUUUCACCACCCAUAGCACGUACAUUUAUUUUUAAAUUACUUAAAGAUGAAAGUGUUGUUGAAGAUUUAUUAGCUAAACGUAAAUCAUGGUCGGAUGUAACUGUUAGUGGUUUAAGUAGUGAAACACUUGAACAUGAAAUAGCAACAUUUAAUGAUAAUAUAUUUCAAUCUCAUUCAAUAUUUCUUGAACAUAGUCUUAAUUUACCACGUGGUUCACGAUCUGUUUUAGUUAAUGGACGUAUAUUAGGUCCAUUACAUGAUAAUGAACAAUUUACUGAAGAUGAUUUUAUUCUUCUUGAUACACAUUUAUCAAGUACACUUAAUGAUCGUCUUAUACGUAUAGUUAGUAAAUUACAAUUAUCAAAUGAUCCAUCACAAUUAUCUGAUCUUCUUAUGCGUAUAUCAUCAAUAAUAAGUCAAAAUGAUAAAAGUCCAACACCAGUAACACGUAAACAAACACCACGUAUAGCAUCAACAUCCAAAGCUGUACUUUAUUUACCAGCACAAAAUCUUAAUGAACCAUCAUUUUUAUUUGAAGCUAUUAUUGAACCAGCAUCACGUGAUGGUCAACGUUUAUUAUCACUUCUAUCUGCUUUACGUCAAUCGAUAAAUAUUGAUCUUGUCAUAUAUUUUAAUUGUAAAUUACAAUUAUCUGAAAUGCCAUUAAAAAGUUUUUAUCGUUAUGUUUAUGAUAUUAAUUUACAACAAACACCUAAUGCAUUAUUUACUCAUGUACCUGAAACACCUAUAUUAACAUUAGGUAUGGUUACACCAGAAUCAUGGAUGGUUGAAGCUGUAACAUCACCGUAUGAUUUGGAUAAUAUACAUUUAAAAAAUGUACCUAUUGGUGUCAAUGCAAAUUUUGAAUUACAAUAUUUAUUAAUUGAAGGACAAUGUUUUGAUGAAACACAAAGUUAUCCUCGUGGUUUACAAUUAAUUUUAGGUACAAAUAAAACAAAGAAUUUAUUUGAUACGAUUGUUAUGGCUAAUCUUGGUUAUUUUCAAUUGAAAGCUUAUCCAGGUGUAUGGCAUUUAAAUUUACGUGAAGGACGUUCCGAUGAUAUAUAUACAAUAGCAUCACAUGAUAAUACAGAUACAUCAACACGUACAAGUCAACCAGUUAUUGUUGCUAUACGUUCAUUUGAUGCACGUUGGAUUAAAGUUUAUGUUGGAAGAAAACCAGGAAAAGAAAAUGAAAAAUUACUAGAAGAUUCAGCUGAAGAUAGUCAAGGUGGUUCAGGUAGUAUUUGGGAUUCAUUUAGUUUUGGUGGUUCACCAUCAUCUGGAUCUGGAUCAACAGGAACAAAAAUCGAUGAAGUCACAGAUGAUACAAUAAAUAUAUUUUCUGUAGCUAGUGGACAUCUUUAUGAACGUUUAUUACGUAUUAUGAUGGUUAGUGUACUUAAAAAUACAAAGAAACCAGUUAAAUUUUGGUUUUUAAAAAAUUUUCUUUCACCUGUAUUUACAAGUUUCUUACCAUAUUAUGCUCAACAUUAUAAUUUUACAUAUGAACUUGUCCAAUAUAAAUGGCCUAAAUGGUUAACUGUUUAUCCAAGUGAAAAACAACGUGUUAUAUGGGGUUAUAAAAUACUUUUUCUUGAUGUUUUAUUUCCAUUGGAUGUUAAAAAAGUUAUUUUUGUUGAUGCUGAUCAAAUUGUACGAGCUGAUAUGGCUGAAUUACGUGAUUUAGAUUUACAUGGUGCUCCAUAUGGUUAUGUUCCAUUUUGUGAAAAUCGUAAAGAAAUGGAUGGUUAUCGAUUUUGGAAGUCCGGCUAUUGGGCUAGUCAUUUAGGUCAUCGACGUUAUCAUAUAUCGGCACUUUAUGUUAUUGAUUUGAAGAAAUUUCGUAAGAUUGCUGCUGGUGAUCGUCUUCGUGGACAAUACUAUGGUUUAAGUCAAGAUCCAAAUUCUUUAUCAAAUCUUGAUCAAGAUUUACCAAAUAAUAUGAUUCAUCAAGUUAAUAUUUAUUCUUUACCAGAAGAAUGGCUUUGGUGUGAAACAUGGUGUGAUGAUGAAUCGAAAAAACGUGCUAAAACAAUUGAUCUUUGUAAUAAUCCACAAACAAAAGAAUCGAAAUUAACAGCAGCUGCACGUAUUGUUGGUGAAUGGAGUGAUUAUGAUCAAGAAGUUAAAAAUUUAAUGAAUCAAUGGGAAGAAGAAGGUAAACCUAAUUUAUUAUUAACAACACCAGCAACCAAUUCAAUCAAUAUUGAUAACGAAGAUCGAACAAGUUCAAUUAAUACGCAUGAUCCUACCGAGUUGUGA